GCACUGACUGCAAUGGCAAGAUGUAAAGUGAAUAAGUAGUUAUAUUUUGGUCUAUUCUCACCCAAAACUAACUGGAUCGCUUCAGAAGACAUGGAUUAAACCACUGGAUUCUAAUGGAUUACUUUUAUGCUGACUUUGGCUGUUUCUCAAUGUCUAUUCUUUUUGCGUUCUUAUGUUCUUACGUUCUUGUGGACUUGUUUGUUGUCACCACCCAUCUCCAAAAAAAGAAAAUAGUUAAGAGGUUGCUGAAUCUACAUAUCGCAGCAGCACAUCUCAAAACUCGCAUAGAUACGUUUUACGUCCUUGUGUCUUCCGAGUUUGCUCUUUCAAGGUAGUUAGGCAAGACUGAUUUUCACAAGAAUGCAAGAACGAGAACAUGUUCUUAGCAUUGAGAAACACCCUUUAUCUCUUUUUUUUUUUAAGCUUUUGGAGUUCUGGCCACCAUUCACUUGCAUUGUAUGGACCUACAGAGAUGAGAUAUUCUUCUAAAAAUCUUUGUUUGUGUUCAGCAGUAGAAAGAAUGUCAUACACAUCUGGGAUGUCAUGAAAGGUUUCUGUCAGUACCUUGAGCAGUGUUUUAAAGAUCUGAAGCAGAGAGGAGUGGUGAUCGGGUAUGAUGCUCGCGCUCACCCACCAAGUGGUGGCAGCAGUAAAAGAUUUGCCUCCCUCGCUGCUUCUGUCUUGAUCAGCCGAGGAGUUCCAGUCUACCUCUUCAGUGACAUCACGCCCACUCCUUAUGUGCCGUUUACCGUAUCACAUCUAGGACUGAGUGCUGGCAUCAUGGUAACAGCCUCCCAUAACCCAAAACAAGACAAUGGAUACAAGGUGUACUGGGCGAAUGGAGCUCAGAUCAUUCCACCUCAUGAUAAGGGCAUCUCUGCAGCUAUAGAAGAGAACCUUGAGCCGUGGCCAGAAUCAUGGGACACAGAUGGUGCUCUUCAGAGUUCCCUACUCAAAGACCCAUACCAGGACAUACAUAGAAAAUACCAUCAAACCAUACAACAGCACUGCUUUCACAGGGAGCUGAAUAAGAGUUCAGAGGUGAAGAUAGUCCAUACGUCAGUUCAUGGGGUGGGACAUAUUUUUGUCCAGGCUGCUUUUAAAGCCUUUGACCUUCAACCGCCAUACGCUGUGGAAGAGCAGAAAGAUCCUGAUCCAGAGUUCCCCACUCUCAUAUACCCCAACCCUGAGGAGGGAGAGGGAGUCCUGACACUGUCCUUCGAGCUUGCAGAUAAAGAGGGGGCAACUGUGAUUCUGGCAAAUGACCCUGACGCUGACCGACUAGCUAUUGCAGAGAAACAGAAGAGGUCAUUUGGGCAGUGGAAGGUAUUCUCUGGUAAUGAGUUGGGUGCUUUGCUCGGCUGGUGGAUUUUCCAUUGUUGGAAGCAGCAGAAGGGAGAGGGAAAAGCCUCCAUCAAGGAUGUCUACAUGCUAUCCAGCACUGUCUCUUCCAAAAUCCUCAGAGCAAUCGCUGUUAAAGAGGGCUUCCACUUUGAGGAGACACUUACAGGCUUUAAGUGGAUGGGAAACAGAGCCAGAGAGCUGAUGGAUCAAGGAAAGACUGUGUUGUUUGCCUUCGAAGAAGCCAUCGGCUACAUGUGUUGUCCUGUAGUUUUGGAUAAAGAUGGUGUGAGUGCGGCUGCUAUUGCUGGCGAGUUUACCUGCUACCUGGCUGCUAAAAACGUAACGCUGUCCCAGCAACUCACGUCCAUUUAUGAGGAGUAUGGCUACCACAUUACCAAAAAUUCCUACUUCAUCUGUCACAAUCAAGACACCAUCAAGCAGUUGUUUGAGCGUCUUCGGAACUACAGUGGAGAGAAGUGCUAUCCUAAAGAGUGUGGGAGCUUUGCCAUCACAGCAGUGAGAGACCUGACCACCGGCUAUGACAGCAACCAGCCCGACAACAAAGCAGUUCUGCCCACUAGUAAGAGCAGUCACAUGAUCACCUUUACCUUCGCUAAUGGGGGCGUGUCUACAAUGAGGACCAGCGGCACAGAGCCCAAAAUCAAAUAUUACACAGAGCUCUGUGCUGCACCGGGAAACAGUGAUCUUGACCAGUUGAAGACUGAGUUGGAUAACUUGGUUGAUGCCAUUGUGAGCAACUUCUUCCAACCUGAGAAGAACGGCUUGACUCCGAGACCAGAGUGACAGGAAGUACCGCAAAGAAUUACAAAUUCAGAACAUUCUACUUCUGCUCUUAGUCUUAACAUAGCAUACCGAACCACUCUUUUUAAUGCUUACAUGCUCUUAAGUCUAAAUCUGAGCAACUUUUUUAAUAAACUCUUGAUUUUUAUACCAGAACAUUUGAUCAGAGUUGUAACCACAUAAACAUUACCACUGCCUCCUUAAAGUAAUAGUUCACCCAAAAAAUAUCUCAUUAAUUACUCAUCCUCAUGCCAUCCUAUAUGUGUAUGACUUUCUUUCUACUGCAGAACACAUUUCAGCUCUGUUGGUCCGUACAGUGCAAGUGAAUGGGUACCAACAUUUUGAAGCUCCAAAAGCACAUAAAGGCAGCAUAAAAGUAAUCCAUACAACUCUAGUGGUUAAAUCCAUAUAUUUACAAGCAAUAUGAUAGGUGUGGUUGAGAAACAGACUAAUAUUUAAGUCAUUUUUUAUUAUAAAUUUCCACUUUCACUUCCGCAUAAUUUUUUUGGCGAUUCACAUUCUUCCUGCAUAUCGCCACCUACUGGGCAGGGAGGAGAUUUUACAGUAAAAAAUUACUUAAAUAUUGAUGUGUGUCUCACCCACACCUAUAAUAUCGCUUCUGAAGAUAGGGAUUUAAACACUGGAGUCAUAUGGUUUACAUUUAUGCAGCCUUUAUUUGCUUUGUGGAGCUUCAAAACUUUGGUACCCAUUCACUUGCAUUGUAUGGACCCACAGAGCUGAAAUAUUCUUCUAGAAAUCUUUGUUUAUGUUCUGCAGAAGAAAAUAAGUCACAUCUAGGAUGGCACGAUGGUGAGUAAAUGAUGAGAGAAUUUUCAUUUUUGUGUGAACUAUUCCUUUAACCUUGUACACUGUGUGUAGAAUUUUUACAAGUGUUUUUUUUUUUUUUUUUUUUUUACCUCUCAGUUUCCUAAGCUUGGAGAUGAAAUAAUAAGAGAAAAAAACAACAACUUUUAUUUGCCUUUAUGACCUAGUGAACUGUGAAUGUAUUGAUGUUGCAAAGGAAGAAUGUUUGAAAAAAUGUUAAGGUAAUUUAAUUCUGUAGAAAGUACCAGUAGUUACCAGAGUUAAUUGACAAAUUAUUCCAUGUGCUGGAGCAGGAGACAACUAUCUGGUUACGGUUUUAAAAUGCAACCAACUGAAUAACCUCAUACAUCAUGUGAUACACAAGGGAAAUACUGCAAAAUAACAGCUAUUGUAUUCAAUCAGUAAUUCUCAAAUCCAGAAUGGUUUUACCAAAAACCAUUUAAAAGAUGGGACCUGAAUUGACAGUAGUGCAUAAAGAGCAAAUUGAAAGUAUCUUUAUAGGCUGUUUGUGCUGAUAAAAGCAGUGGUAUUUUAGUUCUGUAAGUGCCAUAACAGCCUUAUUGUGGAAGAAACUGAUAUCUGAAUUCUAGUAGCUGGUUUACAUGAUUCCAUAGCAUUUUCAUUCCAUCUGUUCAGGAUUUGUCAAUAAAUGUUGACUGGCAAUUUAAAUGCCAUACCUGAGCAAUUCAUUCCAUAAUGCAUCUGUGAAGUAAGCCGGAUUCACAUGUUUGGAAUAUUUUACAUUUGAAAAGAAGACUAAAGUCAAAACAGUUUAUUGAAUAGAUUUUUUGUGCGUUAGAAUAAAGCAACAAAUUUUUUAGACAUCUCAUUUUGGCAAAGGUUUUAGGUCUGAAAUUUAACAGAAAAUACUGUACCUUACAAUGAACUCUGUAACACAAAAUAAAUCUACUAAUAUAUUAGGCCCAAUUGCCAAGCCACUGGAUACAUGAAUACACCUGUUGAUUUGACAUUUUUUCAUGUGAUUUAAAGCAUUUCAGUUGCCUUUUCAGUUUAAAACUUUAGUUCACCCCAAAAUGAAUAUUCUCACAUCAUUUACUCACCUUCAUGCCAUCCCAGAUGAGUAUGACUUUCUUCUGCAGAACACAAAUUAAGAUUUUAGAAGAAUACCUCAACUCUGAA